CUGCAGAGCCCAGAGCCCACCCUGCUCCCGGGCAGCCCUGUCUCCUCGUGCUGCUGCUGUCACAGUAACGCACGGAGGAUUCCACAUGGAUUCGUGCUCCGCUGGGAACUGCCCUGACGUGCCGUGGGGUGGCAGGGAAAGGGAUGGGGAUUCCUGGGACAACCAACCCCCCCAUAGCUGUGACAAGCCCCGAGCACGUGUGCUCACAUCAACCCUUCCCGGUGGCACGGAGCGCUGGCUGAAGCCGUGUGUGUUCCCAGGUGGGAGCGGUGGGAAGGGAGAUGCUCCCGGUGGCCGUACUGGAGGCAGGAUGAACCUCGUGGCGAUGGCGACGGAUCCGGAGCUGCAGUGGGUGACCCUGUGGGUGCGGGUGCGCUGGGCGGCCGUGCUCGUGCUGCUCCUCAGCUCCCUGGUGAUGCUGCUGCUCCCCCUCGCUGCCGUGGAGAACCAGUGCCAUGCCCUGCUCAGGGGGAUCUCCUUCCUGAGGAGCAAGCUGGGCCCCUCGGGAAUGCCCAGGAUCACGGGACAGAGCACGGAGCUGAGUGUCACCUCCCAGGGGCUGGAGCUGCUGGUGCUCAAGGGAAAGGCCUCCCCAGAAGUGAAGUUGGAAGCCAGGGCAGCUCUGAACCAAGCCCUGGAGAUGAAGCGCCAGGGGAAGCGGGAGAAGGCCCACAAGCUCUUCCUGUAUGCCCUCAAAAUGGACCCGGAUUACGUGGACGCCCUGAACGAGUUUGGGAUCUUUUCCGAAGAGGAGAAAGACAUCCUCCAGGCCGACUACCUGUACUCCAAGGCCCUGACCAUCUCCCCCCACAACGAGAAGGCCCUGAGCAACCGGGGCCGGACGCUGCCGCUGGUGGAGGAGAUCGACCAGAGGUACUUCAGCAUCAUCGACAGCAAGGUGAAGAAGGUGAUGGCCAUCCCCAAGGGCAACUCCGCCCUGCGCCGCGUCAUGGAGGAGUCCUACUACCACCACAUCUACCACACGGUGGCCAUCGAGGGAAACACGCUGACACUCUCUGAGAUCCGGCACAUCAUCGAGACCAGGUACGCGGUGCCGGGGAAGAGCCUGGUGGAGCAGAACGAGGUGAUCGGGAUGCACGCGGCCCUCAAGUACGUCAACACCACGCUGGUGUCGCGGAUCGGCUCCGUCACCAUCGCCGACAUCCUGGAGAUCCACCGGCGUGUGCUGGGCUACGCCGACCCCGUGGAGGCCGGGCGGUUCCGCACCACGCAGGUCUUCGUGGGGCACCAUAUCCCGCCCCACCCGCGCGAUGUGGAGAAGCAGAUGCGGGAGCUGGUGCAGUGGAUGAACUCGGAGGACGCCAUGGGGCUGCACCCCGUGGAGUUCGCUGCCCUGGCCCACUACAAGCUGGUUUACAUCCACCCCUUCGUGGACGGCAACGGCCGGACCUCGCGGCUGCUGAUGAACCUGAUCCUGAUGCAGGCGGGGUACCCGCCCAUCACCAUCCGCAAGGAGCAGCGCGCGGAGUACUACCACGUCCUGGAGGUGGCCAACGAGGGCGACGUGAGGCCCUUCAUCCGCUUCAUCGCCAAGUGCACCGAGACCACCCUGGACAUGCUGCUCAUCGCCACCACCGAGUACUCCGUGGGCCUGCCUGAGGCAGAGGGAACCACUGCCGGGUGCGAACAGACCAUCCCCGUCAAGACUUGACACUCAGGAGCCGGUGAACCCAUGGGAGAGCAGAACUCCAAGCCACUCAGUGUUCCUGCUGGGAAUAACUGGACAGGAGGUGUCACUCUUUAGCAUUUCCUUUAUUUAAAGUGUCUUACAUUGGAUUAAAUUAAUAUAAUUUAUUUAUAUACGUUACGCCAAGAUGGAAUGUGACCUGUUGAUGAUGGCUGUGCACUAGAAGUUGCUUGUGCUACUGGAAGGAGAUGGGGAGAGGUGGCAGAGAGGCUCAAAAAGAUGAACUAGGAUUUAAUUUCUCCUUAAAGUUAAGCUUUGAGGAGCUGCUUCAAUCACACCCCUUCACCCAGGCAGUUACUGCAAUGUCUGACCUUGGCAAGGAGCUGCUUGGCAAAGUCUAAACUGAGUUAUUUUUGUGUUACCUCAUCCCUGUUGUUCAAAACCACCCCAAAACACAUCCCUGGAGGAACAGCACUCUCCCAGCUGUGUCCAUCAGACACUUUCCUGUCAGUCACACAGGUACUGAGCAGGAAGGAGGCUGAACUCCACUUCAAAGCCACCUCUCCCCUCCCGUUUCUGUAGCACUUUGCAUGUUUACUUUCAGCUGCCUUUCCUGGGGCCAGUUUUGUACAAGUGGGAAGUAUUCAGUGUAGGAUUACAGGUGGUGGGAGUGGAACAGGAGGAGAAAUGCUCUGACUUACUCACUGCAGGGGGAAGGACUCCCUGGUGCUCCCAGGCCUCACCUCAGCGAGCAGGAGCCCUGGGAAAGCACAACUGUCCUCAGACAUUUCAGUUCAGGGUCUAAAGGAGCUUGUGGCUGCAAAGCUGUGGGCAGAAAAGGUUGUUAGACAGGAGACAGGAGCUGUGCCAGUUUGGUGAGAAUGUGUGUAGAAAGUUUGCCAAAGCCUUCAGUUUCUUUAGUUUACAUAAGGGAACUUUCACAAUUAAUCAUUAGGUCACAUUAUUACUGCAAUAAAUGGGGCAAGAAUCACUCGAGGCCUCUCUCUGCUGCAGUGGCAGUUGGAAACUGCUGAGUACCUGGAAACUGCUGAGCAGUUCAAAGAAUCACUUUUAUCUUUGUUUUUUUUUUAAGGUAAAAGUACCCCCAGAAUAGCUCCCUCCCCCCAACUGCCAGGUGUGUAACAGCAGCAUUGAUCCCACCACCUCCAAGUUCAGAGAAAUUCCAUUUAAAAUCCCCAUUUAGGGUGCUGUUAAGCUUAACUCCUUUACAAAAGCUGUUAGUUAGACUGUCCCAAGCCAGGGUUAAUUUUCUUCCCUUUUAACUCUCUCUUACCUGCCAGGGACUUAGGACACAUUUUAUACAAGCAAAAAGCAGGAUGAGACUCGGAGUUCUCUGGUCACUGCUGUCUAGGAAAAGCAGACAAUACCUGAGGAAGGGUGUUCUGUCCUUACAAAAUGUGCUUAUUUUUGUAGUGCAAUCCGAGUAUGAAUAAAAUCUGCACUUUAGAGCUCUGGGGGGGUGAAAAAUGUUAUUUUAGUAACAGAUUAAUAAACUAUUUUAAUAUUAAA